GUUGGCAUGGGGAGCAAGUCCAUGAGCAUUGUUGGAACGUCUGGCCAUAUUUAUGUGGUGUAUUUUGAAAACAUUGCCAGUGUGGUCGAUGACGUGGCGGGAGGAGGGUUGUGUCUCUCCGCUCCUCAUCAUGGACUCCAAUUUACGUGAACAGGUGAUGAUUAACCAGUUCGUCAUGGCGGCAGGAGCAACGAGGGAACAAGCAAGACAACUCCUGCAGUCUACACAUUGGCAGUUUGAGACUGCGCUAAGCAUAUUCUUUCAAGAGGCAGUACCGAAUGGGGGGGCAACGCAACAUCACUUAAAUCACCUGUGCACCCCCGCCAACACCCCUGCCACGCCCCCCGCCUUUCCUGACGCUCUUGCUGCGUUUUCCAAGAUGACCACGCAGGAGAGACUGUCCUCUUCUCCGUCAGGUGGCUUCUCCCCCCCACCCCCGCAGUUCCAGACACCGCUGGGCCAAGCUGGGGGCGCCCCCACCCCCCUGCCGCCCCUCCAGCACCCCCUACCUCCCCUCCAGCACCCUCCCUCCUCUCAGCCCAGACAAAUCAUUGCAAACAACUUAAAUGUAAUGCAGAGAUAAGCUUUAUUUUGUUUAAGCUGUUUAUCUCUUCCUCUUCUUCCUCUUCUUUGUUUCUUCUUUCUUUUUAUUCGUUUCUUUAGUUUUGACAGAGGUAGUGGUGGUGGUGGUCGUAGUGUGUGUGUGUUUGUUUGUGUUGUUAUUGUGUUCAUUCUUUCCUUGUUUGUUCAUUUGUCCAGUGUUCGUGGUGUGUGUGUGUGUGUGUGUGUGUGUGUGUGUGUGUGUGUGUGUGUGUGUGUGUGUGUGUGUGUGUGUGUGUGUGUGUGUGUAUAAAGUUUUCUUAACACAUAGAUCUCUCUCUCUCUCUCUCUCUCUCUCUCUCUCUCUCUCUCUCUCUCUCUCUCUCUCUCUCUCUCUCUCUCUCUCUCUCUCUCUCUCUCUCUCUCUCUCUCUCUCUCUCUCUCUCUCUCUGUGUGUGUGUGUUUGUGUGUGCUCACUAUGUAAGCAAGUGUGUGUACCUAUCCCUCUUCUCCCACUCACACACACACACACACACACACACACACACACUAUGUAUGUAUGUAUGUAUGUAUGUAUAUUUUGUCUACCUCAGAGAUAAGGUAAUAUAGGAAAAGCGUUGGGUAUGUGUGAGAGAGAGAGAGAGAGAGAGAGAGAGAGAGAGAGAGAGAGAGAGCAUGAAAUUAGGAAAGCAAAAUAAGAGAGUAAUAAUAGUAAUGAUAAUAAUGAUAAUGCAUAACAAAUGAAUGAAAAACUGUUAGAAAUUAUUUAAAGAAAGAAGGAUAGGAGGGAAACAAAAGGUAAUAAUAAUAAUAAUAAUAAUAAUAAUAAUAGUUUCAAAAAUAAAAAACUAAUUAUUCUUUUUAUUAAUACAAAGAGGAAUGUAAGAUAGAAAGAAAAUGGAAGAAAUAUUUACACAAACAAUAUUUCUGAAGAUUUAUUAACUUUUAUUUCUUUCUUUUUGUAAUUAUAUUUUCAUAUUGAGAAAAGAUUUAUUUACCUAUUUAUUUAUUUAUUUUAUUGAUGUAUUUGAUUGAUUUUAUUUUCAUCUGUUGUGGAGAGAGAGAGAGAGAGAGAGAGAGAGAGAGAGAGAGAGAGAGAGAGAGAGAGAGAGAGAGAGCACUGUAAAGCAAAUGUAAUAUAAAAACUCAAUGUUAAAAAGAGCAAGAGAAAAAUAAAUGAAAAGAAGAAAUGGGAAACUAAGAAAAGAGAAAAAAAAAGUGAAAUUGGAUGAAAGAAAAGAUUUGCCAGAACAAAUUAAAAGUGAAAAUGACAAAUGUAGAAGGAAACAAACAGUGAAGUGUAAAGAGAGAGAAAGCGAUAGAAAAGGCAAAUGGUGAUAAUGAAAAUGAUAAACACAAACAAAAGUGUUAAAAUUUUUUUUUUUUUUUUUAACUGUGUGAAGUUUUGAAGGAAAAUUUUUGUUUAAACUUUGAAAUUUGGAAUGAGAUAUUUUAAUGGACUUUUACUUUUUUUUUACAUUUUAUUAUUCACUCAUUCAUUUGUAUCUUGUAUGUAAAAAUUUUCACACUUCACAUUCAACUUUUUUGUUCAACUUUACUGAAAUUUUUUUUUUAAAGGAAAUAAACAAAGGAAAAGAAAGAUGUAGGAAAGUUUUCUUUUAUUUCUUUCUCUGUUUCUUUUCCUUCUUCAGGUGAAAUAUUAGGAAAAAAGAAUAUUUUGUAUUUAAUUUUGAAGGCAACACUAGAAAUAUGAUACAAAUAUUGUCAUUAUUAAAUUUUCUAGUACAAUAUUGUUUUAAAUUUCUCUUCCUCUUCCUCUUCCUCUUCCUCUUUCUUCAUCCUUCACAUCUCUUUUUCCACUUCCUUCCUCCACAUCUUCUCUUUCUCCUCUUCCUUCAUCCUUCACACCUCCAUUUCAUCUUUCUCUUCCUUCAUCCUUCACACCUCUUCUUCCUCUUCCUUCAUGCUUCACACCUCUUCCUUUUCCCUUUUCCUUCACCCUUUGUACCUACUUGUCCUCAUCAUUUCCCCUCCUCCUUGAUAUAUCCUCUUCCUCUUCCUCUUCUUCCUCUUCCUUCAUAGCAUAUCCUCCUCUUUCCUUCAUCUAACCUUUCCCUUUUAACUUAGUAAAAGUCAACAUUAAAAUAUAUUUCCAGUGUUACCACAUAGAGAAAAGAUUAGAAAAAACUAUUACUUUUUUGUUAUCUAUUUAUAAUUUUAUUAUUACUUAAUUGCAAAGGAAAUUAAUAAGUUUAAGUUAAGCUAUGUAUAUACUAGGCUGGCCCAGACAAAGCCACAAACACAUACACAUACACACACACACACACACACACACAUACACAGAACACAGUAAGGAUUUGUACAAAGACAGUGAAUUUAGAACCUCUGUGUGUACGUAUGUCUGUGAAAGUGAAUAAGAGCAAAUAACAAGGUGUUCGAGUGUGUGUUGGUGGUUUUGUAUAGGAUGUGUCAGCGCAGAUAUGAAAGUUAUGAAAAAUGUUUAAAUCUUUGUUGUAAUGGUUAAUGAAAGAAGUUUGUGGUGGCCAGUUUGUGUGUUAUGUUAGAUAAUACCAGACAGGAUAUUGAAGUUAUGAAGGAGUUGGAGUGUUUGUUGUAAUAGUGAAAGAGGUGAGGUUUGGCAAAGAUUUUAGUUCGUUUAAUGGAAUGGAGGAUGAACGAGAAAAUGUUCUGGUUUGUAAAGAAAUGUUAGAAGAGUUACGAAAAGUUUUGAAUGGUGCAAUAGAGAAUGAAAGGGGAAAUAUUUUGGUGGGGUGUUUUGUUGGUUUAUUAUGAAAAGAAUAUGGAGUUUAAGGAUAAUUUAAUGUGAUUCAGAAGUGAGUGAAAGGGGAAAUGUUGAGUAGAAUGUGUCUUUGAUAAUUUGUGUAGAAAUGUUAUGUUGGUUUGAUAACUGUAAAGAAAAAGAUGGAAGGUAACACAAAAGAGUGAAUGUGUUUGAAGAUACAAAUGAAGGAAGUUUUGAGAGAAUAGUGUUUGAUGACAGUUUAUGAAGAAAUGUUAUGUUAAUUUAAUAAGCUCAAUAUGUGUAGUAAAAAAAUGCCAAAGCUGUACAAGAAUUGAUGUGUUUGAUCCAGGAGUGAAUGAGGAAAAAUGCUAAUGUUUGAUUGAAUGUUCUGUCAGUUUAUCAGUUUAUAGAGAAAUGUUAUAUUAAUUUACUGAACUCAAGAAUGUGAAUAUUUAAAGAAUCCAAACUUCACAAGAAGACAAUAUGUGAAUGAAGAAAUAUAAUAAUGUUUGAUGUUUUUGACAAUUUAUCAAUUUACAGAGAAAUGUUGUGUUAAUUUACUGAGCUCAAGAAGGUAAAUGAUGAAAGAAUCCAAACUUCACAAAAAGAAAAAAGAUUAAUAAGUGUUUUAUUGAGAAGUUAAUGAAGAAAAAUUAUGUUUGGGUCUUUUAUACAGUUUGUACAGAAAUGGCGUGUGAACUUGACAAACUCAGUAAUUUAGAUAUUUUAAAGAUCCCAACUUCAGAAGAAGAAAUGUUGAUUAAGAAGUUAAUGGGAAAAAAUUAUUCACAUUUGAAUGUUUUUGAAAAUUUAUAGAGAAACAUGUGAACUUAACAAACUCAGCAAUGUAAACAUUAAAAAAAGAUCCAAACUUGAGAGAAAAGACCAGUGAAUAAAAAAAAUAAAUGUUUGAAUGUUGUUUGACAGUUUAUACAAAAACAUUACAUCAACCUAACAAACUCAACAAUAUGAAUGUCAAAAAGACUUAAACUUCAGGAGAAAAACAAUAAAAUAGUGUACUUGAUUCAAAAGUUAAUAAAUGUUGAAUAGAAUGUUAGACAAUUUAUUAAGAGAUGUUUCUUUAGUUUCCCACUCACCACUACCUCUGCUCACCCCCCCACCCCCACCAAUCCGUCUGUCUGUCUGUGUCUGUCAGUGUAUGUUGCUUUACUUUCUGUCAUGUAUAUAUAUGUAUGAUAGAGAUACUGCUAGGAAUAAAUGGAUUUGAACAC